AUGGUCGCAAUUGAAGAUCAAGCCGCGCCUGGGACGGUCCAACUUAUUGAUGCAGAUGGACAUCUUCACGUCAAACAUUCGGCGGAUGCACAUGAUAUCGUUCUUGUCCCCAGACCCUCUGGUAAUUCCAUCCUCUACUUCGACUUCUUCCCAACAGAAUUAUCAUUUCUAACAUUGUCUCUUUGAAGAUGACCCCGAGGACCCGCUGAACUGGACCAAGAAGCGGAAGCUCGUUCAGACGUCAUGUGUUGUCAUGUACACUGUCAUGAUGGUCUUCCCUUCCUCGGCUGUCUACUCUGUCACGACGCCGAUUGCUAGGGCGACGGAGUUGAAAGUCAGCGAUUUGGUUAGUGGGACCGGGGCGAUGUUUUUGUUUUAUGGGUGGGGGUGUAUAGUUUGGCAGGCUCUGGCUUUGCAGUAGUAAGUCACAUUUUGCUUUCCAAAAUGGUUUCGCAGGGGACAAUUGGGUGGUUUUCAGAAGAUGCUGAUUUUGAGAUAUUACAGUGGGAAGAGACCGGCGUAUUUGGUUAGUAUGGCUGGAAGUAUUAUUAUUAUGGCUUGUGCGCCGCUGUGUACGACGAAUGGACCGUAUUUGGCGAAUAAGAUUUUGCAGGUUUGUGGAGCUCUGGUGAUUUGGAGGAGUAGGAGCUGACUUUUUAUAGGGGUUUUUUGGGGCGCCUGUGGAGAGUUUGUGUGAGAUUAGUAUGACGGAUAUUGUAAGUUUGACAAAUCUUUUUUGUUGAGAACGAAAACAUGACAGAGAGUGAGAGUUCGAGGCUUUGUAGAGAGUAGACUGACAUUGACUUUUAUAGUGGUUUGCUCAUGAAAGACCUCUUUACCUUGCGGUGUAUGGACUAAGUCUUGCCUUUUCUGGGAAGUUUGCUCCGGUCUUUGCUGCCUUUAUAAAUACGGGCCAAGGAUGGGAGUGGACACUUUGGUGGUGUGCCAUUGGGAUGGGUAUCUCAUUUCUCUACUGUUUCUUCCUGAUGGAGGAAACGAAUUAUGAUCGUCAUUUUCCUUCAACCCUGAGCAGCGACGGAUCUAGCACCGAAGCUGUCAGCGAGCCAGUCAUUUCAGCAGCAGGAAAGUCCGAGAAGAAAAUAUCUAGCGAAAAUACUCGAGGGGUUGGUAGCCCAGAGAGUUUGGAAACUGGCCAGGUCGUGUAUCCUCGAAAGACAUAUCUACAAAAGUUGAGUGUCAUCGACAAAAAGCGACCAAACCGAGUAUGGGAUAUUAUGUUGGCACCUUUUAAGUUCUUCAAGUUUCCAGUAGUAGUCUGGGCUGGGUUCAUGUACGGCACGAAUGGACUAGUGUGGCCAGGAAUUCUGAACGCCACCGCUGCACCACUGUAUACAGGCACAUAUCACUUCAACAGUAACGACAUCGGCUAUGCAUACUUUGGAGCUGUAGUCGGAAUGGCUCUCGGUUCCCUUUGGGUCACUUACGCCGGUCCACUGCUAGUCAUAAAGCUCGCACGACGCAACAAAGGAAUCGCGGAACCAGAGCACAUCCUCUGGCUCUUCCUCGCGUCCCUGGUCUGCGUGCCUUUCGCAAUGCUCCUCUGGGGUCUUGGAAGCGCAAACCAUAUCCAUUGGUUUGGACUUGUGUUCGCACAGUGUGUCCUGGCUAUUUCCUCGACGCUAUCUCUCUCUACUGCGAUCCAAUACGCUACUUCGUCAUACCGGGAACUUUCUGGGGAACACAUCACGACGAUUAUUUUGAUUCGGAAUACGCUUAGUUUUGCGAUUAAUUAUGGGAUUACGCCGUGGAUUGAGGAGCAAGGGCAGAGAGAUACGUUUAUUACUGUUGCGGCGAUUAGUCUGGUUUGUAACGGGACUAUGUUUUUGAUGUUGUGGUGGGGGAAGAGGUUGAGGGAGAUUAGUGCUCCUACUUAUUGGAGAUGGGUUGCUAAGGCGAGGGCCAAGGGAUUGAGCCAUUGAAAGAGGAAUGCCUUGAGAGAGGAGAUCGUUGAAGACCGGUCUCAUUCGUAUGCAAAUGGUAGAAUUGACCAAAGUAUUUUGAAUUGACAUCUUUAGAAAGAUACUUAAAAUGUCAAAUUUAUCAAUCGCUGAUCUUUGUUCAAUUGACUCAAUCGUUC